UUUUUUAAAGGCUCCUCAAAAGGAAAACCAUCAUCUAUGGAAGUUUCCCAAUAAUGUAGUGCCUCCGUGGUGCAGUGGUCAGCAUGCCUGGCUACAAAUCUGCGGGCCCAGUUUUCGGGUUCGAUCCCAGCCUGGGCAGUUGGCGGCCGUCCGCUGGUCCUUGCCUUACCGUACGCCGUACGGUAGACGAGGGGGUAGUGGACCCGUCUAAGACAUGUCACGUACGAGUACGACUCGUACAUAAUACGUAUCCCGAGUCGACUCUCAGACCUCAGUAAGGCUCAGUUGCUUACUUGCUUCCGCUCUCGGCUGUUGUUAAACAUACAGAGCUCUUUCAAUUUUCACCAUGAGUAGUGAUGAGGAUCAACCUGGUUGUAGCAGUACAUACCAUUCACCACCACGUAAAAAAGCAAAAGUGUGGUAUAAGCAAGCAUUCAAACAGGAGUGGCUAGAAGAAGAGGAAUUUAAAUCAUGGGUGAAAGCUGAUCCUUCAGAUAAAUUCAGUGCAGUGUGCUGUGUGUGUGACGGAACAAUUAAAAACUGCAGUAAAUCACGCUCGUUGAGUCACAAGAAUUCCACAAAACAUGCAAAAAAACUUCGCUGCCAAGAGAAACAUGACUGUGAUUGACAAAUUUGUUGUGAAAAAAACAGAACCUGACAAGAAAGAAAAAGUACAUCGUGCUGAAUUACUGCUUACGGGCUUCAUGGCAGAACAUGGCAUGCCAUUCUCUCAAGCUAAUCACUUAAUACCCGUAAUCAAGAAGAUGUUUCCCGAUUGUGAUACUGCACAGAACAUGACACUUAUGAAAACAAAGGCAGCUUAUGUGAUGCAAGAUGGAAUAGCAUGGGAAGAAAGCCAUGAUAUAUCCAAAGUGUGCCAAGAAAAUAUGUUUUCACUGAUAAUUGAUGAAAGCACAGACAUUUCAGUGUCCCAGAUCCUUGCCGUGAUGGUAAGGUAUUAUGAUGGCAAGAAAUGUAAAGUAACUGAUGCUCUGUUAGAUAUUAUAGAAGUUGAUGAUGCAUCUGCUGAAAGUCUCUACAAAGCAGUGAAAACUUUACUUUCUGUGAAAAUGAUACCGGUCUCCAAUAUAAUUGGCUUUGCAAGUGACAACUGUUCUACAAUGUUAGGCUCAAAAAGUGGCUUCCAAGCCUACCUGAAACGUGAUGUUCCCUCAGUUUUUGUACUGGGAUGCAUUUGUCAUUCUUUUGCCUUAUGUGCCAGUCAUGCUUGCUCCACCCUGCCUUCAUUUUUGGAACAGUUCCUGAGAGACAUUUGCUGUUAUUUUUCACGUAGCAGCAAGCGGACACACCAGUUCCAGGUAUUUCAAGACAUUACCAAGAGUCCGCAACACAGAAUGCUUAAGCUUUCCCAGACAAGAUGGCUAUCUAGAGGAAAAGUAAUUGCCCGCAUCCUGGAGCAGUGGGAUGCUCUACUUUUAUUCUUUCAAGGGGAAAUGAAAACAGAUGCAGUAAAGCUUGAUGGUGCAGGUGAAAUAUACAAAAUGAUGGUCAGUCGUGGAACAAAACACAUGCUGCUUUUCCUCAACUACGUACUAGGUAAAGUUGACAGGAUGAACUUGGAGUUUCAGUCCGAACAGUACAGACUUGCAACACUUCAUGCAUCCAUUGCUGGAGAGUAUAGAAGCAUUCUUGGCAUGUUUAUCAAAGAGGAUGUUUUGUUCACAGAAAAGUUGUCCAACAUCAAUCCCCAAGACACCACUUUAUACCAAAGUUUGGAGAAACUCAACCUUGGGGGUCGAUGUAGUGCCCUGCUUAUUAAGGAGCCAAUACAUGACAGUGAUGCAGGGAAAAGAUUCCUCAUAGACUGCCGAAACUUCCUAGUAGAACUAUGUUUACAAAUGAAGAAACGCUUCCCUUUUGAAGAGGACAGCGUUAUUGCUCUGAUGAAAAACAUUGACCCUAAAGUUGCUGUAUCACCUCACAGAAGUACAUACAUCACGAGUCUCGCAGUGCACUUUCCAAUGGUUGUUAAAGAGGAGGAAUUGGAUACUUUAGAAGAUGAAUGGCAAAAUCUUAUUUAUAGCAAGGAAACUGUGCAAAACCUCACUCAGACACCUACAUCAUUCUGGAGUGAACUACAAAAAGUUAAAGAUGGAAAUAACAAGAUGAAAUUUGGAGUACUAGCAAGACUUAUGUGUGGACUAUUAGCAUUGCCACACUCAUCGGCUUGUGUAGAAAGGGUAUUCUCGCAAGUUAAUAUCAUAAAAACAAAGCAAAGUAACAGACUUCUGGCAACAACCAUCUCUAAUAGACUUCUAGCAAAACAAGGAAUUGCUCGACAAAGUGUAAAAUGUUUUGACUGGGAGCCAUCAGCACGCCUAAUAGGAGAUGUGAAAAGUGGCGCGUGUCAUCAGCGGUAUGUAGAAAGGUGCAACAAGCGUGAGGUGGCAACAAUCCACCCUGCCUCUGACUCGGACAGCGACGAUCCUCUGCCAGUUCAUCCCCACUAAACACAGCAACAUUAAAUUGCUUUGGAAAAUGCAUUCCUGGCUGAGUGUGGUGCGUGUGCCUGCUACUCGUGUGGUGGUGCUGCUGCUGCGUGAAGCCUCUGCCGUGGGAACCCACCACAAAUAGCUAAUGAUUCUGUAUGACGGGAUCAGCAGCAGACAGAAUUCCAGUGAUGUAUUAACAUGCCUAGGGACAGCCUUGGUGGCAUCCAUUACUGGCAGAAGGCCCAAUGUGCUGAGUGACAGGGCAGCAUGACCUUGCACAUCAGAGGGUCAGUAUGGCUGGGCAAGGUCACCUAAUAUUGAGACAGUAGCUCCUCGUUGGUCACUGCCAGGUUCUGUUUUGGAUCUUCACGGCAAUUUCCACACCAGCAAACACUACAAGCUUGACUACACUAAUCCUGUCUCCAGUGAAGCUAAGAGUGGGAGUGUUCUUACCAAGGCCUUUGUUGGAGGCAUCCCCUGUGAUACAGUGGACGAGAACCUGGAGACACACUGACAAGGGAGAAGGUUACUUGUCGCUCCAAGGCUAAGCUGGUUGGCCCCAUGAAUGCCACUGUCUACGUUACUGGAAGAGGGGCAUCUGAAGUGACCAAGACAGGAAUGUAUGUGGACUCCCAGGACAGAUUGUACCAGUUCCAUACAUAUGCUGGUGUGUACAUAUAGUGUGCCUGCAUAUGUAUGCAUGUGGAUCUAGUCUUACCUUAUGUGAUCAGUGACUUUAUCCUGACUAUUGGAAAUAACUGUAUAGGAAUUAAGCUUAUAAUGCCCUGUGUUUUAGUUGUAGAUUGUUGUGUUUUUCUUAGUUUUUACAUGGUGUCCUCCAAGUUUAGGUACACACUUUGGGAUUUGAUAGUUCAAGUAAUUCUAAAUUGAAAAUACUCUAUACACAUAUGCUGUGUUUUGCUUUAUUUUGUGAGAAAUUAAUGCGUAGCUAAGUUGUGAAUUGCGGGAGCUGCUUGCCUGGGUGUGCCUCCGUCUCUUUCCUCCCUCCUUGGCUCAUUACGUGGCUCAUUACGUACUCACAUGGUGCUGCACAGCAUGAAGUGAUAAUUUUUUGUGUUCAACGUAUGCAGUCAAAUCCUUACAGGAAAUAGCAAAUGACAGAUUAAAUUUUUGUAUGUGUCUGAAGAAAAUGUGCAGGUAACACAGCAAUACAGUGGUUAUUCAGUGCUGCUUUUUAAAACAUACAUGGCAAUUCACUGCAAAUGUCAUCCCCUUUGACAGUCAUCAUCUUGACAUUUAAAUGGUAAGCCUUGUCAAUCAAGUGACUGCCUAAGUGCAUCAUUUCGCUCCUGUCAUUCCUUAUCUGCUCUGCUGCUUCCUCAGUGGGGUGAAUCAGCUCCUCUCUGUAACAUGAUUUGUUCUUGUACAUCAAGGAUUUCAUGAGUCCCCAAAGGAAAGAAAUCCGUUGGUGUUAGGUGAGGGGAUCUUGCUGGCCAUUCCUGUGGGCCUCCAUGACCUAUCCAUCAUCAGGAAACUGAUUCCAGGCAAGCAGCUCCCACAACACACAACUUACAUGUUAAUUUCUCACAAAAUAAAGCAAACAGCGUGUGUGUGUAUAGAGUAUUUUUGACCCAGGAUUACUUGAACUAUCAUAUCCCAAGGUAUGUACCUUAAUUUAUGGGACACCCUGUAUUGUUAGUACACACACACACACACACACACACACACACACACACACACACACACACACACACACACACACACACACACACACACACACACACACACACACACACUGUGCCGCCCAGCUAAUUGGACACAUCCACAGCAGCUCCAAGGAGUUAACUAGGUUUUGGUUGUACAGGGGAGCUGAGCUUGAGUCCUGUCUCCAUAAUAGGGAAUUGUGUGAUGUGUGAGUGCAGGGGAAGUGAAGUGUAAAUUGGGAAGUGGCCGAAAAGGUGAUUGGGAGAGUAGCGUACAGGUAAACAUUAUCUUACCAGGGAAUAUCAAGAAGGAAGAUGUCAGUGGACAUGGCAAAUAUUUUUGAGGGUUUCAAGGAAGAAGACCUCAGUGUAGCUCAUACAAAUAAACGAAUGUGGAAAAUUGAAGAAAAUGUCAAAAUACAAAAAGAAAUAUGUCACUUAGCAGUGAUAAUAAAGACAUGAAAGGAAGAGAGAGGGAGGUGGGUGGUGACAAUGUAAAAAAAGAUAUCCAGUGAUAUAAUAGAGAUGAAGAAGAAGAUGGAAAAAGAAAGGAAAACAAAGAACUUAGAGAAGAGGUGACAAAAAUAGUGACUUAAACAAGAAGUACUAUAAAGAAAUAAAAAAACUCAAGGAAGAGAACAAGGUGUUAAAGAAAGCUUUACAAAAGAGAGAGAGAGAGAGAGAGAGAGAGAGAGAGAGAGAGAGAGAGAGAGAGAGAGAGAGAGAGAGAGAGAGAGAGAGAGAGAGAGAGAGAGAGAGAGAGAGAAAGAGAGAGAUUAAGGAUGGGAAAGUGAAAGGGUAGUGACAGCAGAAGUCAAAAGUUGAAAAGAAGAGAGAGAACAACAACAAAAGGCAGAUAUGGAGGAGAUAAUAAGGCAACAGCAACAGGAACACAAUAAGGACAUGGAAAAGCAAGUGAUUAAGAUAAUAAAGGAAAAAAGUAAUCUUGUGAGAGACAUGGUACAGAGAAAGAUGAAUGUGAUGGUAUUUGAGGCCAAGGAGAACCUACUCAUGAAAAUAGCUACAGAUAAAAAAAAAAGAGGCAAAAAGGGUUAAGGAUAUUAUAGCAGAAAUGGCAGAGGAAGGAGAGGAGAUAGUUGAACAAAUUGAAGAGGUUUACAGGAUUGAAAAAGUACAACAAAAAUGGAACAAGACCAAUGAAAAUAAGAUUCAUGUCACAAACAGCAGCAAAACAUGUCUUGCAAAGAACAGGAAAAUUGGUAAAAGUAGAAGAAAUGAAGGAAAUGUGGAUAAAAAUGAGACAUGAACAAAGGAGAGAGAAGUAAACUGAAAGAGUUGAGAGUAGAGGCCCAGUCAAAAAACAAGGAGAGAACACAAGAACAAGCGAGGAGAUUCAUUUUGAAAGUUCUGGACAUGAAAGUAUGGAAAAGGUGCCACAAAGAUGCCACACAAGAUCACCAGGCAGAAGUUUAAAGAUUAUGUAUACUAAUAUAGAUGGUUUGGUGUUGAGCCUAUUGGAACUUAAAGACUACCUAAAGAACAAUAAAUCAGAUGUGGUAUGUUUAAUGGAAAACAAACUAAAAGAGGAAAUAGAGUUGGGAUUUGCAAAGGAAGGUUAUAGUGCAUGGAGGAGAAAUAGAAAAGGAAAGGGAGGAGCAGGAGCAGUGAUAUUGGUAAAAGAGGAUAUUGUUGUUGAUGAAGUUGAAUAUGGUGAUGAAAUGGCAGAAGCUUUGAGUGUUGUGAUUAGGAUCAAAUGAAGUUGUAACGCUCCUUUUUAUUAUUUCUGUGUUUCUUUGAGUCUCCCCAAUAAUUGUUUUCUUUUGUAGCUUGCGGUGAAGAGGAGGAUAAUAGCGGUAAUUAAAGGUUUAGUGAUUAUAUGAAAAAAUAUAUUUAUAAGGCGUGUAUUCGUGGGAGUGAUUUAAAAGUCUUGAAACAUUUGUUAUAAAUAGUCUUUACUUAUUUCAACUGUGGUUUUCUCUAAUCAGUGGUAAUACGAAUAAUAGGAUUACAUCAUGUUGCGUCAGCCUACCAGUAACUCAUAAGGUGUCAUUCCCUAGCUUAUAAAAUAUGUUAGUAAUUUAGAAUUCAAUUAUUAACUUCAACUAAUGUCCAGCCUAUAUGCUCACCUUGCUAGCCAAUUAUUCCUGCAUUUUUAUUUAAACUCACGGUUCAGUAAAAUUAUUUGUGAAAGAAGAGAGAGAGAGAACUAGCUAAGGUUCCAAUAACUUCAGAGGCCUGUGGGUGUUGAGGGAGAGAGCACAGAAUGGCGUCUCCCUUCCCUCUGGCAACAGGUGGGUCUCGUAGCUCUGAAAUAUUUUAUUUUUCUUUUAUUUAGAAGUGAAUAUUACUGUGUUCAUGUUUAUUAUUCAUGUCUCUAGUGAAGAUAUAGUGACUGUACGUGUUGACAGAAUGGCGUCUCCCUUCCCUCUGGCAACAGAUAAAAUAGCCGGUGUUGGUCCCACGUGGAGACAGGCCACAGAGUCUUGGGAGUGUUAGCCAUGUAAUGUUUCUUUAGUCAAAUAUAAUCUACUGUGAAUGUGUUGUGAGCAAUAUUAUUGCCGUAGAGAAGUGAUGGAUGAAGGCUGUGACGCUAUUUAGGGAUAUAACGGUGCCCAGAAUCAAUGGUACUCUUGAGGAGUUAUAAAAGUAAUUAUUUUCUUGUGUAUUCGUAGUGUUAAGUAACGGAGUAUAAGUGUAUAUGCCAUACCAGAAUUUCAAGUGUCAUAGUGGGUCAGUCAACCCAAAGAAUCCCAUCAAUAUUAUUCAUUUAAUUAUUUUUGCUAUUUUUAUAUUUUUCGUUCCUCCUAAUAAAGCCACACUGUAGGUA